UACCGUCACGGCCGCCGCACUCGGCCAUGGCAUUCACGGAACUGAACAACGCGAAAAUGCGGCUCUCCUUAUCCUCACUCCUUGGACCCUCCUCUUGGACCUGUGUACUCCUUGCACUGGUCCUUGGGCAGGGACUGCCCCCAGUCGGGGCCUACAGCUCGGAAAACCUGCUCACCUGGAUGCAGGCCAGCAACUUCGGCCUCCAGGUGCUCCAGUAUGCCCUCAACGACACCGAAUCCUCCACGGGCGACGAGGCGGGUUGUCUGGUGGAAGUGCAAGCGCUCCUGUCCUCGGCGGGGGCCCAGGCUUUGCAGGCUCUCCGAGUGCUCGACGCCUGGGGAAAGUUUCCGCAGGGACUUCUCUACGGCCACUUUACCGACCUGGGCAACUAUGAGUCCUGCCUUAGUUCCAGCUACCAGUCCGUGGGAAGUGCGCCCAAGUACUGCCUCAGCCACAUCCAGUUCAAGAGCCUGCUCCUGGAGGGCAUAGGAUCGGAAGCGCUCUCUCUCAAUAUAGGCACUUGCAUUCCCUCGUCCUGCAGUGCUGCCCAGCUGAACCGGUGGCUGCACUCCCACCUUAGGUCCAUGUUUGGAGAGUCCGGGGAUCCGACGGAAGAAAGUGAUGUCCUGGUGCAGGAGCAGUCCUGUUCGGUGGCCCAGGCCGCGCCCAUGGACGGCCUCGACUGGUUUGCGGUUGCCAUUUUUGCCUGUCUGGGCACAGUAGUGCUAGUAGCCACUCUCUUGGACUACGGGAAAGCUGCUGGAAAGCUGAUUGGGGCCUUUUCCUUGCGCCAGAAUGUACCCCAGCUGUUUGCCACCUCGACAUCGCCAUCGCCCCGGGUGAUCCCCUGCCUGCAUGGAAUCCGAUGCCUGACUAUCCUCUGGAUAAUCUUUGGCCAUGGAUACAUGUUCCUGCUACAGGCGCCGAACAUAAACUCCUACGAAAUCGUAGCCUGGGCCCAAACCCCCUCUUCCAUGCUCCUCCAAAGCGGGAGCAUCUCUGUGGACACCUUCUUUCUGCUUAGUGGCAUGCUCCUCGUGCUGACAACGUUGCGAGAGAUGGAAAAAAACCAGGGACACCUUCACGUGCCACUGAUGUACCUCCACCGACUGGUGCGCCUGACCCCUGUCCUGGCUCUGGCGGUACUCUUCUUCAUGACCCUCUUUCCCCGCCUAGACAACGGCCCCCUUUGGCAGCAGUUCACGGGCGCAUCGGAGCUUUGCAAGGACACCUGGUGGGCCACCCUGCUAUACGUCCAGAACUACGCAGCCCCUGGUCGUAUGUGCCUGGGCCAUUCCUGGUACCUUGCCGUGGACAUGCAGCUGUACGUUCUGUCGCCCAUCCUUCUGAUCGCUCUUCACAAGUGGGGAAAGCGGGCCGUGGGAGGCAUUGUGGUGCUCAUUUUGCUACUCUUCGGUUGCGUCUUCAGCAUAAUCAUGCUGAAUGAGCUUCAGGUGUUCGAUCGUCGAGGAAACCUCGGUGCCGACAGUCCCCAGAUGCGCCUCAUCUACUAUACCACGCACGCCCGGGCCACGCCGUGGCUAAUUGGGCUGCUGUUCGGACACUUUCUGCACACCCAGGGCGGACGCAAGGCUCGCCUGCCCAGGUGGAUGACCCCCCUGAUGUGGCUGCUUUGCCUCGGCCUCCUGGCGAGUGCCUUGUUUGCCGUGUUUCCAUACACCCAGCCCGGAGCCGGAGCCAUCUCACCGGUGGCCGGCGCCUUCUACAUGUGCUGCAGUCGCAUUGCCUGGCCCCUGGCGCUGUGCUGGCUCAUCUGGGCCUGCCAGAACGGACUGGCCCCCGGAAUCGACAGCCUGCUUGGGUGGUAUCUCUGGCAGCCCCUGUCCAAGCUGUCCUACUGCCUUUAUAUCUGGCACCUGCUGGUGGAGACGGUGAACGUAGCCCGGACCAAAUCGAGUUUGCACUUUUCCGACUACGACGCGUUCCUUCGUUUCUGGUCGGACUUUGGCGUCACCCUGCUGGUGUCCCUGGUCAUGUACUUAUUCGUAGAGAUGCCUGUAGUGCGAGUCGAACUGGAGCUGCUGCGCAGGUUCCGCAAGCCGAAAGUAGACCCUGCAGCGGCUGUGGAUGCCCCCGUCGUACCACCAGCCACAAGUAUUUCCCGCCAGAACUUAGUGGAUCCCUAAUCCAUGUCCGGGAUCAUGGAGAGCUGGACUCACGUGCACCCUUCUAUUUUGUUGUUAAUUUUUUUCCGAUAUUAUUACACUAUAUUGCCAAAAAAUUUGUAUUAUUACUAUUAUCCUAAAAUAUAUAUACUUAAAGCUAACUAAGUCUUUUAGUUAUCUUGCACGAUUCAAUUUAUA